GUUGUUCUUUUGACUAACAUUUUGUUUUCUAAUCUUUGGAACAAAGAGACGUGGAGGCAAUAGAUACCUAUAUAGUGAGAGAUCAAUUAGUGUGAUCUCAAACCGAAACGAGCUCUUCAACGGUGCACUAGAAUUUAGAGGCUACAUUCAUAAGAAAUGUCAGGUGAUAUGACGGAAGACAAGAAGGAUGAGGAAAAGGUAUAUGGAGGAUGUGAAGGACCUGAAGCUAUGUAUGUUAAACUUAUUUCAUCUGAUGCUCAUGAAUUUAUUGUAAAACGUGAACAUGCAAUAACAUCUGGAACAAUCAAGGCCAUGCUGAGUGGUCCUGGCCAGUUUUCUGAAAAUGAAACCAAUGAAGUAAACUUCCGUGAAAUUCCGUCACAUGUGUUGCAGAAGGUGUGCAUGUAUUUCACGUACAAAGUGCGUUACACUAACAGUUCUACUGAGAUUCCAGAAUUUCCCAUUGCUCCAGAAAUUGCUCUAGAACUACUGAUGGCAGCCAACUUCCUCGAUUGUUAAUUUCAUGCUGGAUUGUAAAUGUUUUCUCCUUAACUGUGUGCAUUGCAUGUCUUAGCACCUAAGGUAUAGGAAUAGCUCACAAGAUUGCUGUUCAUAUGCAUUAGUUUAACAAGUUUUAAAGAUAUGUAUGAAUGAUCAGCACUGCUCUGUUUAAUUGCCUAUGAAUGAUACUUGUUAUUUUCAAAUGUGUACCUUAGCAAUGAAAGAUCUCCAUACUACUUUUAAAUUUGUUUGGUGUCAGUGAGUUGUGCUUUGUUUUAAUGAGUGCAUGUUUGUAUGAAUGGCCAAACACAUUUGUUAUUGGAUUAUUUGGUGUACUACAGAGAUGAUAUGCUGUUAGUUCCAUUGAAGAUAAGUAAACAUUACAGAAACUCCUUCAUGUACACAAAUGUAUCAGAGUGUUGUCUGUUGUGCCUUUUGAAUUCAAUGGAAAGCCUGUAGCAAGUGGCACUACUGUUUGGAGCUGUCUGUGUUGAAAUGUCAUAAUACUAAAACAGCAAAUGAAAACUGUGUGAUUGUAUUUAUUCAUUAAAGGAAAAAAGUCUCAUUUGAGAGUUCAUUGAUGUAUUAGUACUGUAGUUUAGAUUCAGACUUUGAAUUACUGUUAUAAUUUGUAUUGUAAUUUAUAAAAUUUAAUUUUCCUGAUAAUACUUCCAUUUCAUGCAUGCAAAAAUAAAUUUUCAAUCAAUAUUAUGAGAUGUAACUUGUUACCAUUUAGAGAAAGAUGGGUGAGGGUAGGGAAUUGCAGUAAGGACAGUAUUUGAUGAAAGUAUGGCAUUUUGCUGCAACUAUUUUGAUUACAUGUCAAGGAGGUGAGGGAUGUACAAACAUGUUUUUAUGGAAAUUAGAAUUUUUUUUAAUUUAUAAGGUUACUUUGAAUACAUGUUGUAAUGAAUAAGGGUAAAAAUAAAAACACUUUCAUAUGA